AUGGAAUCGCUCAGUUUCAAGGAUGAGUGGGAAAGCCGCUGUCGAACGCCUCCUCUACGUCCCCUUUCGCCGGACCUCCGCCUCUUGCAAGUUUCGGGCACGUCCGAUCAGCCCGGAUACCCCACGCGCAUCGAGUUCACCGGAAUCGUCGAUGAAUACCUCUCGAAUCUGCACCACCGCAAAGUCCGGAAAGCUCUCAUAGACAGGAAGACGUACGGGACCAUACACUACACCCUUCGGUACCCAAGAGACGUCAGCGUCGAGGAUGCACAGUUCCGGCAUUGGGCGAGGAAGAAGUUCUCCUUGGAACGUAUACCUGGCAGCACAGGCGAACAGGGACCUCUUAUGCUGAUGCAUCAGAGUCGCCCCGUAGCCAUCAGGGAGGACUUGUACGACAUCCUUUGCUAUUGCCAUUCGUUGUGCCAGCAUGGAGGCAGGGAUCGCACGAGCAGUGUCGUGAAGGACAUGUAUUCCUAUGUCCCGCGGCAGAUAGUGGCGGCAUUCGUCAGAAAGUGUCCCACCUGUGCAGAGAAGCGAUCUCGCCAGGCGACAUCUUCAGCUGACACCGGAGCAGAGAAGGAGGGCUCGGGAGUAAAGGGUCCAGGCAUGGGGAGGGAAGGGCAGGCUCAGGUGGAACGGGAGGAAGUGUUGUUGCCGGCCGACAACCGGUGCGAGCGUCAGUACCUCGAGGGAAAGACGCUACACACCGGCGAUCCCAAACCAGCCAAACCGGACACGAUGUGGACGUUGGACGUGCAGGCCUGCCUUGUAGACAGCGAGAUACUUCAAGCACUAUCGAUCAACUUGAAGCGAUAG